AUGGCGGCCAUGCUGCGUGUGCCCAACGGCAUCAAUGGUUCAGACUCCGGCAUGACUCUGACCAUUCUUGGAUGUGGAACACUUGGUAUUGCCAUCCUCAGUGGCAUCCUGUCCUCCCUUUCGGAAUCCUCUGCCUCACACGCUCCGUCCCCCGCCUAUCCCGACUCCGGCACCGCAACUCCCACCUCCGAGUCACCUCCACAACGAACACCGACGAACUUCAUUGCCUGUGUGCGCCGACCUGAAUCUGCGAAACGGAUCAGGGUGGCCGUUCAAUCCUACCGCCCGAGUGUAACGGUCUUACAGAACGAGAAUGUCAAGGGGGCGCAUCACGCCGAUGUGGUUAUACUGGGAUGUAAACCAUACAUGGUCGCCGAGCUGCUGCGUGAGGAAGGCAUGAAAGAAGCUCUGGCCGGAAAACUCCUAAUUUCAAUCUGUGCCGGUGUCCCCGUCGAACAGAUCGGCCGGGUUCUCUACGGCGAGUCGUACCCAGAAGGUAUUCCCGAGAACGCUUGCCAGAUAGUAAGAGUCAUGCCCAACACCGCCGCGAUUGUGCGCGAGUCCAUGACAGUUAUCGCGACCACCAGUCCUCCUCUACCGGCCGAACUAUCGUCAAUAGUCGAAUGGAUAUUCACGCGGAUCGGCAGAGUCGUGCACCUUCCGCCGGGGAUGAUGGAUGUUUCCACCGCCUUGUGCGGCUCUGGACCGGCGUUCCUUGCACUCAUGCUCGAAUCUCUGGCUGACGGAGCCGUCGCGAUGGGCCUACCUCGUGCAGAGGCCCAGCUUAUGGCUGCUCAGACGAUGCGAGGCACGGCCGGGAUGGUCUUGUCGGGGGAACAUCCUGCACUGGUGAGGGAGAAGGUGUCUACUCCUGGAGGGUGCACGAUUGGUGGGUUGUUGGUGUUGGAGGAGGGCAGGGUAAGAGGAACGGUCGCGAGGAGUGUGAGAGAGGCUACCGUUGUCGCAGCGCAGUUGGGCAAGGGCGUUAGUGGCGUCAAUGGAACGAGGUUUUGA